CGAUUUAUCCAAGAUUAUCAUCGAGGCGUAUUUUCGCAGAGACAGAUCAUGAUGAUAGCCUUGCCCAGGAGUUUUACGAGAGAUUAAGUAUCCAUAUUCCUAAUAUCAGCCAGUUUGAGAAGGAUUGGUACGCGUCUUUGUUCCGUAACCGGCUUCGUCAAAUCACUACUCUGCAUGAUAUUGGCAUCAUUCACGGUGACGUUCGGGAUGACCAUUUUCGCCUUCCUAAGGAUUAUUAUGACACAGUUCUCUACGACUUUUCCGUAUCCUAUACAUUCUCGCCCUCCAUGCCUUGUCGCAGGCGCCGGCGCCGUCCGUUUUUAACUAUGGCAAAAAUUGAAAAGCAGCAGCUCCAGGAAAUUUUAUUUCACCGUGCUCAAAGAUUCGAUUUUCGUCGUCAUCUUGCCGAAUAUUCAACUUUGGACCUUGACACUAUUGAGAAAAUGUGCUUUGAAACAAUCGAAGAAGACGAGGAAAAUUUGGAAUUAGUUGCCUUGAAGGUUGCGAAUCGACCUGAUGCCUCGAUAUUCCCAUUCUUAGAGGGUAUUCGCCCGAAAGAACAUCCGACUUGGCAUAUUAGCAGAGCCAGAUGCUUGCCGCGGUAUACUUAUGCUUGGGCUAUAAAAGCAGGAAAUACAGACAUGUUUGAUAUGAAAUUGAUUUCUCUUGAUGGAGAAUCAUUUGUUGAUAUGGAAAUACCUGAUAUGCAUGGCGAGACUUAUGUUGUUAUUCUAUUUCCUCGGACCUGUGUUAAGAAUGACAUGCGAGAAAGACUACCGGCUGUCUGCAAUCAUCUCAUGUCAUCAGAUGAAAUAGGCAUUGUCAUAUCACAAUCAGAAUUCCAAAAAAUGUGAGUUCAGCUAAAUCAAGGGGCACUGCAUUUUCUGUGGCUAAACGAGAGAGAU